AAUGUCGUCAUCAUCGCGCUCACCGACACCAAGUGUGGCUGGCAAGCUGUAAAGCCACACGUUUUCUCCCCCUCCCUCCAAGUACAUUUUAAUGCUGUUGGGAAACUCGCUUUUCGCCUAUCUGACAGCAUAAAAUGUCUUCACUGCUCAAGGUGGACAAUGAAAUUAAAACCAAGGUUGAUGCAUUUAGAGAACGUAUCACUGCAGAAGCCGAGGACUUAGUUGCUAAUUUUUUCCCAAAGAAGUUACUGGAACUCGAUCACUUCCUUAAGGAGCCAAUCAUCAACAUCGUCGAACUGAAGGAGAUCCACUCGGACAUCAACCUGACGGUGCCUGACCCCAUCCUACUCUCCAACCUUCACGAUGGACUUGAUUCGCAAAACGCCAAAAAGAGAAAGCUGGACGACGGAGACGUAGAGGACAGGGUGACCGGCACCAAGGUCUUCGUCAUGCCUGGCGGGAUGAUGAAGAGCAACGGCAACCUGGUGGAUCUUAUCGAAAAGGUCAAACCGGAGAUCCGAACGCUCAUCGAGAAAUGCAACACGGUCAAAAUGUGGGUGCAGCUGCUGAUUCCAAGGAUAGAGGACGGCAACAAUUUUGGGGUGUCCAUCCAGGAGGAGACGGUGGCCGAGCUGAGGACGGUGGAAGGCGAGGCGGCCUCUUACCUCGACCAGAUAUCCCGAUAUUACAUCACCCGAGCAAAGCUGGUUUCGAAAAUAGCUAAAUAUCCACACGUGGAGGACUAUCGGCGCACGGUAACGGAGAUCGACGAGAAGGAAUACAUCAGUCUGAAGAUCAUCGUGUCAGAGCUGCGAAAUCAAUACGUGGCAUUACACGACAUGAUUCUGAAGAACAUCGAGAAGAUCAAAAGGCCUCGGAGCAGUAACGCCGAAGCCUUGUAUUGAGCGCCGCCAUAUUCCAUGCCCACCCGCACGUUCCGUCAUUUCAGUACAAUCAAGCAAACCCCGUAUGUAACAAAGAUGGACACCACUUUGUUUUUGUUUUUUUAAUGGCAAGAGACUUUUGUUCGAGUUUUAAUGACCUCAUAUGGUCGGGAAGUUGCAUAAGCAAGAGUGUACUUUUUAAUUUGAAAACGUCGGAGUGGCUUUUGUUAUUAGUCUGAGCAAUGGUUGGCAAGUUAUGUUGUACGUUCAGCUUCUAGGUGCACCCAACAAAAAAAAAAAUCACCUGAUUAAAAUACUGGUUCUACUGAAUAAACUUUUUUUUUU